AUAAGAAAAGGAAAAGAAGAAGAAAAGUUAUCGGAAUCAGUUUGAGGAAUAAAAUUUUUAUGAAAACUGAAUUUUUUGCUAUAUUUUGAUGGUUUUGAGGACUGAAGAUUGACUUUUAUAGAAUUAGAGGAUAGCUACUUCAUCAUAAAUUGUAAAUAUUAAGGUUGCAGGUUUGAGUUGCUUUUGAGUUCGUACAAAGCUUUUCAUCAGAACUUAAACCGAAACCGAGUAAUUUGAGUGAAACAGGAUCAAAACUAUUUACAAAUUUAUUUACAAAAAAAAACUUAAAAUUCCAAUAAGAAAAAAUUCCAAAAACUUACGAAAAAAAUCCGGUUCUUCAUGAAAUUUGAAUUAUCUUCUGACAAGCCUGCACCGAAUCUGUCAAUUGUAAGCAACUAGCUUCAAAAUGCUUAAAACUUCCAUAUCUUAACAUACCUUCGAAGCACAAAAGUUGACAAAGUUGGUCCAAAAUUCCUAAAAUUCAACAAAACUUCUUAACAAAAUCUGAAAAUCCCCCCAAAAGUCCCAAAUCUCAGGCACCCCAAGACAAUGGACGACCUCUGUAGGAUCUGCCGCAAAGAUUGCUACAACAACUCAACAAGCAUCAAAUCCAAACACGAAGGAGUUCCAAUAUCAGAAAUGCUCACCAAAACAUGUCCAAUUGACAUCACAUUCGAUGAUCCGAUCAGCCAACUUCUCCCAAAAUCAAUCUGUAAUGACUGCCUCGAAGUCAUCUCAGCAGCAUUCAAUCUUCAGCGAGUGUGCGUCGAAAGUGAUCAGUACUUCCGUUCGAUGAUCUCAAAUGAUCAAAUUGUAGUUAAGGAUGAGUUUGAGAUUAAGGAAGAAGAGCUUCCAAUUCCUGAUGAUAUUGAGGUCAUUAGUGAUGGUGAAUAUCAUGAGCAGGAGACAGAGCAUGUGACCUACUUAGUUCCAGUUAAUAAAAAGAGGAAAAUUGCAGCAACAACUUUUAAUCCAAGAUUAGUUCAAAUCACAGGAAGACGUUCCGACUCACAUUAUGAAUGCAACUUCUGCCUCAUUCAAACUAAGCCAAGACAAGCAAUGUUAAAGCACAUGAAACAGGAACAUGAUCCAGCAUUUCUGCCACACGGAUGUGACUUCUGUGCUGCACGGUUCAAAAGUGAGGACAAAAAAUAUUUACAUGAGAAUGUACGGCACAUAAAUGAGUUUCCAGAGGCAAUAAUCUGUGAGGUUUGUGGAGUAAACGGAAUCAGCGAAGAAGGAAUGAAGAACCACAUGAAGGAUGACCACAAAAUAUUUAAACCAAGUAAAAGGAAGAGAGAUGAAGAUGAGGAGGAUGGCAAGACAACGAAUUUCAAUCCUAGGCCACUUAAUAAGGGUGCAAGGUACGAUGACAUGUUCUAUUCCUGCAACUUUUGUGACAUUAAACAAAAACCUAGAAAGAAUCUCCUUCGUCACAUGUACACAAAACACGACCCAAUCACUCAUCCAUUCUAUUGCAGCUUUUGCAUCUUACGCUUCAAGGAAGAGUCAAAAAAGUCAUCACAUGAGAAUACUCACGACCCAAGUGAGCCAAAAAUAUUCAUUUGUGAGGUUUGUACAGCGACUGGAGACAGGGAGAUCGGAAUGUUGCAGCAUAAGAUGGAUGAUCAUGGGAUGAAUGUGAGGAUUCCAGUGACAUUUGAAUCUUUUGAGUCUGAAGAACCUUCAAAAGACAAGAAAAAGUCAGAAAGACAUUUUCAUCCACGACCACUUCCAGGAAGUGAAUCUUUAGAAUAUGAAGACAUUUGGUAUACCUGCAACUUCUGUGAUAAGAAAAUCAAGCCUAAAAAGAGUAUGUUGAGGCACAUGAGGAAGCACAGUGCUGCUGCAUAUCCAUUUGGAUGUGAAUAUUGCAUUGAGAGAUUUGAGGACAAAGAUGAGUUUGAAGCUCAUUACAAGUAUGUCCAUGAAAAUGAGAUAGACACACUGAUUUACUUCUGUGACCUCUGCGGAGCAUCAGGUGACCAUAAAGAAGGCAUGGAGAAUCACAUGACUGACGAUCAUUUAAUGAUGGAACAACAAUUUAAAAUCACAAAGAAACGAGAAAUUAAAUGCUCAAUUUGCUAUGCCAAGUUCCUCCAUAAGCGUGGACUCGACAAUCAUCUGCUGUCAAAGCAUAAAGAAACUACAAAAUGUGACAAAUGUGAUGCUGAAUUCAGUGACAAAAGGGAAAUGAACCAUCACAUAAUGAUGAUCCACAGUAAACUAUAUCGACAAGUCGAGCCACAUGAAGUCGAAGUCAGUUACAAGUGCUGUAAAUGUGAGCAAGAUCAUCAGUCAGAAACUGACCUAGAUCAACAUUUAGAAGGCCACAGGAACUCUUUCAAAACUGAAAAGACUAAAUGUCAUUUUUGUCCCAAAAACUUGAAAGAUUUCAUCGAAUUUUUAGAACAUGCCAAGUACCACGCACAGCCACAGACUCACGAGUGCUUAACCUGCAAGAAAAGACUUCCAUUUGACGACAAGCUUCUGAAUCAUGUCAAGAAUCAUAAGAGAUAUGAUUGCUAUAAAGUUGAGUGUAAGAAGUGCACACAAAAGUUCAGAUCAGCUAAGGAUUUGGAGAUCCAUGAUAAGGUUAAGCACAAUAAGGAGACGCUGUUUAUAUGUCCAAUUUGUGCGAAGUCUUUGAGUUCGGCUAAUGGGUUGGAUCAGCAUAUAAGAUACGUCCACAAUAAAGAACAGGAAAAGAAGUUCCAAUGCAAAUUCUGUCCAAUGAAGUUCAUCCUUAAAACCAAACUCACAAGACAUGAAGCAGUCCACAGCACCGAACGACCUCAUGUUUGUGAAAUUUGUGGAAGCUCAUUCAAGCACAAUGAGGGACUGUCGUUGCAUAUGAAGAGACAUAAUGGAACUUUAGAAAGGAAGCAUGAAUGCUCACAGUGUAGCCAUAAAUUCACAACGAAGCAUCGAUUGGAUCAACAUAUGAUGACUCAUACUGGAUUGAAACCCCACGAAUGUAAAUUCUGUGAUCGAGCUUAUGCAUCGAAAGGAGACUUAGUGAAGCACAUGCAGAAGCUUCAUGUUGGCGAUGCAAUUUAUCAGUGUGACAAGUGUCCAAAAGCAUUUCGAGUAAUUGUGGAACUUAGAGAACAUCAGCAUGAGCAUGGAGGGAAUCAAUACUUAGGAUAAGGAGGUCUAUGCACUAUAAAUUAAGAUUUUUGAAUAAAUUUGUAAACAUUUGUAAAGCUAAGAGAAAUUUCUAUAAUUAAAAAUCAAUAAUAAAUAGUUA